GCUUGACGCCCCUCCGCUCUGUGUAGACUCACAUAACGUGAAGCCGCAUACGCUUUUCCAUAAUGCGGGCGUGAGGAGGUCCGGUGUGGCGAGCGGAGGGACACUAGGGGCGGACAGCAGCGGGUUUACCGGCCACACCGAGCCUGUCAGGCCUGCGAGGAGAGGCACGGGGCGGCGGAGGGACACGGCGGCACCAUGUCGAACCGAAAACACCGGGACAACCAGGAGAUAUGCGCCCGCAAGGUCCGGGAGCUGGCCCAGUCUGGAGUAAACAAACACUGCUUCGAGUGCAGCCAGCCCGGGGUGACUUACAUCGACAUCACGGUGGGCUGCUUCGUCUGCACGUCGUGCUCCGGAAUGCUGAGAGGCCUCAACCCUCCCCACAGAGUCAAGUCUAUCUCCAUGACAACCUUCUCCCAACAGGAAGUGGAGUUUCUCCAGAACCAUGGCAACGAGGUCGGGAGGAGGACGUGGCUGUGUGUGUUCGACCCAAAGACCGACGGCUGCUCCGACAUGAGGGACUCCCAGAAGUUCAAAGAGUUCCUCCAGGACAAAUACGAGAAGAAGAAAUGGCAUUUUUCCAAAAGUAAGAAUCGGAGGGACGUGGAGGGUCCUUGGAGCCCAGGGGUCCAGGCCUUGCCCCCAUCUCAUGGCCCCCUGGCCGGCCAGCCCCCAGCCCAUACCCUGCCCACCAACUCCAGACCCACAAGGACUCUGUCCCAGUCCCAGCUGCCCUCAUGGGACCGAGCCCCCACUGUGUCUCCAGCAGACAUGAGGACGGACGUGUUCACCGCUCGGCCCUCGCGCUCCCAAAGCUUCAGAGACCCCCCUCUGAAAGAGCCCGUUCUGUGUGGGAUCGAACGGCAGCGUCCCGGCUCGCUGUCCUCUGCGCUGGGAGCUCAGAACCACCCCUCCUCCUUCCCUGCCCUCCCUCGACCCUCAGCAAGUAGCACUUUCAAAAACCACUUCACUUUAGGUCGUACAGUUUCUGCCUCGGGGGCCACGGGGCCCUUCAGGGCCUUCCCCAAAUCUCUCAGUGUGGACUUUGGAGGUCUGAACCAUCCUCAGUCGCAGCCUCUGCCCCAGCCUCACCUGCCUCAGCCACCACCACAACAACAACAACAACAACAACAACAACAGCAGCAGCAGCACCCGCAGCCUGCAGGUGUGGGUCAGACCACACCACCCGUCAGCAGCUCCAACACACAGGACAGGUACGCUGCUGUGUCGCAGCUGGACAGCGUCUUCUCUGACUCAUCGACGGCCACAGCGCCCCCUGGUGGGCCUCCGCAGUACAACGCCAUCUUUGGCAACCGGCUCUCAUCCAGCUCGACUCCUGCCAGUUCCCCCGGGGUUGAUACAGUCUCCAGCUCCCAAACCUUUGCAAAUUUCCCCAACCCAUUCAGCUCCAGCUCCAGCUCCACUUCCCAGCAGCCCGUUGCCCUCUCCCCCAGUAACCCUUUCAACAGCGCCUCAGGAGGUGACUCUAGUGCGUUCGUCACCUCGCCCACCUCAGUUUUCCCUCUGUCCGCAACUUUCCCGGCUCCCGCUACCCAGAAUGCAUUUCCUCACGAGUCCGUGAGCAACCAGGAAGCCAAUGGUUUUGCCUCCUUCCCCCCGUCCGACUCUCAGCCCAAAGUCCCUCGUCCGAUGUCGGUGAACCCAUUUACUGGGAAUGUUUACCCCAGUAGAGGGACGUCGCGGAAUCCUUUCAUCUGAUACUGGCGCCGUGUCACCCCCCGCUCUACCCCUGCCCCCUCUUUUCUCACCCACCCGUCCGUCUCUGGGAACCAAGGGAGGAGGAGGAGGGAGAGAGAGGAGUGAACUUGAGGAGUCGCUGCCAUUUCAAUGCCUCUGAAGUAUUUUCAGCCUCUGGGAGUGAGAGAGAGAGAGAGUGAGGGCUGACAUCAGUGCAGGCUGCCCCCACCCACCCUUGUCUGUGUUUACGUGCUGUGUGUGUGUUUGUGGAGGAAAAAAACAAAACAAAACAAAAAAGGUGUGAAUGUUACUAAAGUGUAUGAGAACACGGCUGCUGUGUUUGCUCCACGUGACAUGUAUCAAAAGUGUUUGUGUGCCAAUAGAAGCCACCUCAGGGCUCUGUGGGCGUCACAAGUGAACGACGCCUCUAUGAUUUUUGACCUGCAGAAAUAUAGAUAUAUAUAUACACACGCACACACACGCACACACAGAUAUAUACACACACUGCUGCUGCUACCUGCUUCCAUCUCCUGCUUAAGUGCAACAACCAGCCCGCCAGUAAAUUCGUCGGCAUCAUCUCCUGCUUGCCUUUUAUUUUUGUUUUCUCGGUUGAGCAAAACGUCCAAAAACCUGUCGAACACUAGCCAUUUGAAUCGGUCCAUGUUUACCAUAUGAUAAAAAGAGAGAGAGAGACUCCUCACAGAGGCUCUGGCACAUGCCGAGUCGCCAUCGAGCCUAUCUUAAGAGAUGGUUGCAACAGCCUUAACAGCCUCCUGAUGCAUGUGAAGAAGAGUUCAAAGACGAAGAUGAAGGCGUCUCUCCAUAGUGGGCGUGUGGAACAUGUUUGCAUUCGUUACUGUUUUGUCGGUUUUCCUUUUUGGAGGAUCAUCUGUGGUUUCCACUCUCAGGCUGCAUGCGCUUAGAGGGCUACAAGGAGAUGCUACUGAAUGUAAAAGCAAUUUCACAAAAUAACUAGAUGUAUAUUCCAUCGCUCCAUUUAAUGGACCAAAUGUUUCCUGUUGUUUUUGGGUGCCAUGGAGGAGAAGAUGAUUUUCAUUUAUUUUGCCAAAAAAACAACAACAAAAAAAGUGAGAGAUCCAUGUAAUGUAAGAAAGUCUUUGUAACGACAAGUCUCCAUGUUCAUAAAAUCAAUUUGUUGCUUCUUAAGUCA